UUAUCUGAUAAUAAGUAAUCGUUAAUCGUAAUUGAUGAAUCGCAUUCUUGCGAGCCGCGAUAUAACACGUAGCGUUGAACCUCAGGGUGCAGUUUUGGUGUAAUCAUGAUGAGAGUGACAAUCUUCGCUGUAGCCUGCGUCGUCGGGCUUGCCACUGGCAGCCCAGUCCUGAGGAAGUUGGAGUCCGGUCCCAGGUUCCAAUAUGAGAAGGACGCUACAGGUGAAAACCACCUGGUGGACACCUGGGUCACGCUGGACAACAUGGCGGAGUCGGCCCGCUACACCCCUGAACUGCAGAACAUCUACCAUCUGUUCACCAGGGAGAACCCCACAGUAAGCCAGCCGCUGCUCAUCAACAACGUGGCCACGCUGCAGUCCAGCAACUACAAGAGCUCCCGGAGGACCAUCGUGCUGCUGCACGGGUGGAGGGACAGCAUCGUGUCCGACUUCAACACUGUCAUUGUGCCAUCAUUCCUCGAGGCGGAGGACGUGAACGUUCUCUGCGUGGACUGGAGCGCGGGCGCCGGCAGCAUCAACUACAACACGGCGCUCGCCAACACGCUCACCUCGGGCGUGGCCGUCGCCGACUUCCUCAACUGGCUGAUUAGUGCCUCUGGAAGUGUCCCCGUGCAGUUCCAUAUUGUUGGUCAUGGGCUGGGAGCGCAUCAGGCUGGGAUUGUUGGCAGGAAUGUUCGCGGCGAUGUCGCGUAUAUUACUGCUUUGGACGCAGCUCUGAUCGGCUGGAUCAACCUGAACGACCGCUUCCAGGCCGACGACGCCAUGUACACGGAGGCCAUCCACACCAACGCCGGCGUCAACGGCUACGUCUCCGACUACGCCCAUGUUGACUUCUACGUCAAUGGCGGCGAGUCCAUGCCGGGAUGCAACAGCCACGCCUGUGACCAUGCCCGAGCUAUCUUCUACUUUGCUGAGUCGAUCACCUCGGGAGGGUUUAGGGGAAAGCUUUGUGUGAACUACUUGGCUGCUAUGCUGGAGUCCUGCAAUAUCCUGCCUGGUAGACUGAACAUGGGAGGCUUGAAGUCUAAAGUUGGAUCCCGCGGAGUAUACCUAGUGGAAACCAACCCCAGCCCCCCAUUCUCCCGAAGCUAAGAACAUCCACGAUAAUUGUGUAAAAUUUUAUUACAAAUCAAAUUCUUGUACCUUAACCUAAGCGUACAGCAGUGCGUAAGGAAUAAAUAAUACUUAAAA